UUAGGGCAUUUUGAAGCUAAAUAUGGUUAUAUGGGGCCAAAACCCUAUAUCGGAAGAGUCGAGAAGAAGCGAGGGAAAAAUUAGCAGAAUACAGUCAUCUUCAUUCAUCUCCCCAAUGUUGUCCCAAAACUCCUCCUCAAGACCGGCCGACGACACCGUUUUCUUCUCAAUCUACCCGGACUCCACACUCCCCCCAAACCCUAACACACCCGCUGCCACUACUCUCUCUCUCCUCCAAUCUCUCCACCUCGAAAUACUCAACUUCAUCUCUCCCUACACCUCUAAUUACAUCUAUCAACACCAGCCCUUCACUCUCUCUCUAAACACCACCGACCCUAUCCCUCACCUUCACGGCAAGCUCAAGUUCGGCGACAAUCUCGACGACGAGUGGUUCGUUGUGUUUUUACUUUUACAAAUCUCCAAGCACUUCUCUACUCUAUCUAUUCGCGUUCACGACUCCGACGGCGAGUUUUUGUUGAUUGAAGCUGCUGUGCAUCUUCCUAAGUGGUUGAAUCCUAAUACUAGUGUUAAUCGGGUGUUUAUUCGUGGCGGUGGUUUAUGUAUUGUGCCCAAAUCAAAGUUUGCUUCGUGUCCUGGAUUGUUGGAGGCUUUGUGUUUUUUGAGGGAUUGUGGAGAGAGUGUGUGUAGAGUGGACCAGAAUGUUGAAUUGUGUAUUAGGAAUAGGAUUAGAGGUUUUGUGGAGAGAGUUGAUUAUAAUAUGCAUACUGUUAGGGUUAGGGUUCCGCUUUCGGUGGCCAGUGUUUUGAGGAACGAGCCUUGUUUGAUUUCGUUGGCGGUUGAGGGGUUUUAUGAUAGAGAUAUUGACUCGAUGAAAUAUGCUGCAAGCAUGUCUAGGUUUUUGCCCAAUGGGAGUCAGGAGGAGUUGGUUGUGGUGUCGGUUAAGAUGUCGAGGGCAAUGUAUGCGCAAUUAGUGCAGCAAAAUUUUCAGGCUCCCAAGUGUUAUCCAAUGCCGGGAAGGAGCGAGGGGAGAGUGUAUAGUGAGGCAGAAUUGGGGAUGAAGAUUGCUUGUGGGUUUGAGAUGAUUUAUCAGUCCAGAAAAAGAGACGGAGAAGAGGGGAAGGGAAGUACAUGGGAGGCAUUUAAAGCGAGUUUAGAGAGGAGUGGUUAUUUUAAAGGUUUGCUUCCGGGGUCAAAGGAGUAUAAGAGUUUGAUGGAAAAUGCAGAAGAGUAUUACAGACAGAGCUCUUUGCAUUCUAGAGCCAGUGACAUAAUGAGUGGUCCAGUUAGGCGCAUGGAUGAAAUCCUUGCUACUUCUUGUUCACAUAAUGAUUUUAAGGAUCAGAAUCUCCCACCUUCAGAUGAUGAUUCAUGGCUCUACAAUGGCGAGGAGGAGUUAAGUGCUGCUCUUCUUGAGAGGGAGAGGGAGAUGGAAAUGUAUAAUUUGAAAGAUGAAAAGAAACAGAAAUCAAAAGAGCAGCAAAGUGCUGGGAUGCUGUCUGUUGAAGAUUAUGGUCUAGGGGAUAUAGCGGACUCUAUGAAAGCAUUCGUAAGUAAAAUGUCUAGCUAUGAAGGAGCAGAAGUUCCAGAAAACAGAAACCUAGAAAAUGUGGACUUCGACGUGGAGCGCUUCAUGAAAGAGAUAGAAUCAGUAAUGAAACUUCCUCAUUCGAAUGACACUGGUAGUGAAGUGGCUGCUGAAGAAGGUUCCUCUUCCGACAUGGAAUUUGAUGACUUUGACUAUGGGAGUGAUGGUAUGGAGGCUUCUUCGGACAAUGAAGAAUCGAAUUCUUUCAUGGGUUCCUAUUCCGAUGCUCUGAAUGAAGAACUUAAAACCACUACCCUCAACAAAAGCUUUAUCCGUGCAAAUGAACAGAUGGUGAAGACAGGCGAGGGAACAUCGAAAGAUGGAGGGCAUGUGGAAGAGGAGUUUACACCUGUUGAUGUAGACAUAAAUCUUGUUAAAAGUUUAAUAGAUUCAUUUUCUUCUCAAGAAGGACUCCCUGGUCCUGCUACUAAUUUGUUAGGACUAAUGGGUCUCCAGCUACCACAAGAUGCCAAGCAAAAUAAAUGAUCCCCGCGUAUGCAGCAACAGCUUUGUUAUUUUUAUUAAGAAUAUGUUAUUUUCAUUAACGCAAGUUAUCUUAUGUUAGUAUGCUAUUCUUAUUUUUUGGCAUAGUAAGUACAAAUCUUUCGAAUGUAAUAGUUUUUCAACUUUUUCUUAGA